AUCCUUGAGUGUCAAACCUCUCUGGUCCGCGUUUACACGGAAUCUGAGGGCCGAACGGUAGGUUAUACUAUUUCCUUAAACAGAAGCGGAAGCAUCAAGAACAUGAUCUCUGUCCUCUUUAUAUUAUAUUCUAUACGAUCAAAAGCCUGCUAAAUUUACUCAUCAAAACCAGCCAUGACUCCAUGCCUCUUCCUUUUUCUAUUUCAUCUUCUCUCUCUAUUUUUCCGGCCAUCUCUAGCCGCUUUCCACCUCCUCAACUCCACAACCUGGACCUCAGCUGUCGAUCCCACCAAGGAUUUCACCCCAGCCGUCGAUUCGACCGGAAAUCCCAUCGUCUCCCAAAAUUCCAUAUUUGCCCUUGGCUUCAGCCCUAUAAAAAACUCACCUGCAAACUCCACUUCCUAUCUCCUGUCUGUUAUAAUCGGAUACAAUCUAAACUCUUCCACCGCUUCACCGGUGCCAAUAUGGACGGCGAACCGGGAGAAACCGGCCAGAGAAACUGGCCAUCUUCGGUUUUCCGGCGACAGAAAGCUGGUCUUGGACGACGGAACCGGUUCUACAAUAGCGGCUUUCGGUGCGAGUAAAGCAUUGUCUAUGGGGCUUCUGGAUAACGGCAAUCUUCAGGUCUAUAAUACCACUAAUUCCUCGUUAGCGAUAGGUGAUAACGUGAUUUGGCAAAGCUGGGAUCUUCCGACGGAUACCUUAGUCACCGGCCAGGUUUUGCACACAGGCAGUCAACUGGUGGGAAACUUAUCGGACGGAAAUUCCUCAAGCGGUCCUUAUUCUAUGGUCCCGAAACCGGGUGGUCUGGUUUUCUACAUUGAAAAAGAAGCGUAUCUGACCGUUGGAUUGGCGGGGACGGAACUCUCGAGCAAUCUGGCACCCUGCUUUUAUAACUCGUCUUUGUCGGAGACCGGAGCUCAGGCAAAAUUUACAGGAAAUUCUUUCGAGAUUUACAUUUCCGCGAAUUUGACGAACUCUUCUUCGUGUGAGUUUGCUAAAUCAAAAACAGUGUUCAAUAACCCUUCACCGAAUAAUACUGAUGAUUACAGGUUUCUAAGACUGGAUUAUGAUGGUAAUUUAAGGAUUUAUACGUUGGAUCCUUCUCCUGAUAAUCCUUUAAAUUUAAGCUUAUGGAUGUUUAGCGAGCUAAUUAACCCUGAUGAUUUAUGCGAUCUUCCUAUGUCUUGUGGGCAAUAUGGUCUUUGUAGAAACAAGCAGUGUUCUUGCCCUGGAUCAGGGACCCUUGAUCAGUUUGAGCAGAUGGACGGCCUGGAUGUGGCCAAGGGCUGCGAGCCUAGGUCCCCAUUAUCUAAUUGCACCGGUGAAUCGGACGGCUCUGAUGAUCACUUGCUUCCUCUUCCUGGUUACGACUACUUCUUGAACGAUUUGAACUCGCCGGAGACGCACACGGACGAGGCAGAUUGCCAGAGUAUUUGCCUGAAAGAUUGCGAUUGCAAGGCCGUCUUCUACCGGAAUAUGACCGGAGCUUGUUUUCCGGUAAGAGAGGAGAUCCGUACUCUUAAAGCGGCUGAUAACCAGACGUUCAAAGCUUAUUUAAGGGUGAGCAAAUGGCCGGAGCAGGGGACGAGGUCUUUGACUGUGGGUCAGAUUGCAGGCAUCACUGUCGGGUCGGCUUCGGCUGCUCUGUUUCUAUGUUUAAUCAUCGUGGUGUUUUACAAGAAAUCGGCGAGUAAUUCAGUUCCACCCGAAGAGGAAGUGGAGGUAGACCCCGAAGAAGCCGAGGAGGAGGCAUUUUUUAAGACGUUACCAGGUCUUCCACCGAGGUUUUCAUACGAGGAGCUGAGAAUCUCGACUGACGGGUUUCGCCGGAAGCUUGGCUCCGGAGGGUUCGGCAUCGUGUAUGAAGGGGUUUUACCCGAUAGCACCCCAGUCGCAGUUAAAAGGCUCGGUGGAAGCGGUCAAGGGUUCAAAGAAUUCAGAGCCGAAGUGGCGACUAUAGGGAGCUUAAGCCACAUAAACCUGGUUCGCCUGUGUGGAUUUUGUGCUGAUAAAGGUAAAAGGCUAUUGGUCUACGAGUUCAUGUCUAAUGGCUCUCUGGACUCUUGGCUUUUUCAAAGAAACGAAGGAGGCGAGUCGAACUCAACCGACUCGAGUCGUUUCCUCACGUGGGAGCAACGGUACGGCGUCGCUUUAGGCACGGCUCGUGGACUCGCCUACUUGCACGAGGGUUGCAGAGAACCGGUGCUCCAUUUAGAUGUCAAGCCCCAAAAUAUACUCCUUGACCGAAGUUUCGUCCCGAAAGUUUCAGAUUUCGGCUUGUCGCGGCUCCUAGGCGGAGGCGAGACGCGUGUGUACACGGCCGUACGGGGAACACCCGGAUACCUAGCCCCAGAGUGGCUCCGACACUCCUUGGCCACAAAAGGAUGCGAUGUGUACUCGUACGGGAUGGUUUUACUGGAGUUGGUCUCGGGCCGCCGAAACUUCGAGCCCGAAAUGUCGGAUCCCAGACUUUGCUAUUUCCCGGCAUGGGCCAUGCUCAGAGCAAUGGAAGGAAGACAUGAGGAGCUUGUGGACCCCAAGUUACGCUUGCACGUGGGGGAUAACAUUUUGCACGUGCGAGAGGCAGUUAGGGUUUUGAAGGUGGGCCUCUGGUGCAUACAGGAGGAUCCCAAAGACAGGCCAAGUAUGGUAGAGGUGGUGAAGAUGAUACAAGGGGAGUGGCACGUGCCAGAGGCUCCCUUAUGGUUGAUCGAGAGGGGCCCCCAAUUUCUUGAAGCGUACGGCUACGAUAAUGUACGCAUGGACGAUGAUGAGCGGUCCUCGUGUACGCUGGUGUCUAGUGUUGACGUAUCUGGGCCCAGAUGAGAAGGAGAAACCGCAAUGGCACAUGGAGGGCCAUACCCUAGUAUUAAAAUAUAUAUAUAUAUUACAUUUUAAGAGACUGCUUAUUUUUAUUACAAAAAAAAAUCUCGAUUUACCUGUAGUUAUUAGAAAAGCCAAUUUAUAUGGUUUGGGUUGACUCACAAAAAAUUGAAAACUUUUUUAAUAUCUUAUUACUAACACUCUUAUGGCCAUCCGAUUUGAAGUUUAACCGAAUAAGAGUUAUUGUGACAUGUACAAAAAGUAAGUAGUCUCGCAGGGCCUUCUCCUCCCGUCGAUUUACCAUAAAAAAAAAAAAA